AUAAUUAUAUGGACAUUGUCGACGUAGCAGCGUGUGUAUGCACCAGGUUCAAAGUAAAUGGCAUCGACAACUACCACCACCACCGCCAUUGAACUCGAGUCUCACUCGGGGAAUGUCACGAGAACCGUCGCUGCAGCUGCCGGUAAUCACUCGGCAUACCGUAGGGAAGAUGACGAUGUAAUGCAAGCAUCGCUCGUGGCAGACUCCGAAGUGCCUGAUGGCGGGUAUGGCUGGGUUGUCAUUUUCGCGUGUGCUGUCCUCACCUUUUGGUUCGUGGGCACAACAUACUGUUGGGGUGUGUUCCAGGCAGCACUUGUCCAGCAGGGAGUUUCUUCUGCCUCGACACUGGCUUUUGUGGGUUCGCUAACUACGGCAUGUAUCUCGUUUUUGGCGGUGCUCAAUGCCAGGGUUGUGCGGAAAUUGGGCCCGAGGGUGGCUGCGAUGCUGGGCAUGUCUCUGUUCGGCUUGGGGGAAGUGUUGGCUGGGUUCGUGACCACGGACGUGGUUGGAUUGUUCAUGACUAUUGGGCUGAUAAUGGGGUUGGGGACGAGUCUAUUAUUCAUGGUCGUUUCCGUUACGCCCGCCCAGUAUUUCAAAAAGAAACGAGGAAUCGCCAACGGCAUUGUCUAUUCUGGCGGCGGAAUUGGCGGUGCCGUGAUCAGUUUCGUGACGAACGGUCUGUUGCAGGCGCUGGGGGUGGCAUGGACAUUCCGUGUGCUAGGAUUCAUCACUUUGGCUACCGGCGUGCCUGCUGCAUAUCUCAUCAAGGCCCGCGCUCCUAUCCGGCCGACCUCGUUCGUUGAAUGGCGCCUGUUUCGUGACUACCGAUUCGUGCUCAUCUUCAUAGGCGGAGGACUCGCAACGUUUCCGCUGUUCGUGCCUCCUUUCUUCCUGCCUCUCUACACAGACUCUCUCCACAUGACCUCCAGUGCCGGGGCCGGCCUUGUAGCAGCAUUCAACUUCUCAUCGGCAGUUGGGCGUCUGCUUUGCGGUUUCGGCAGUGAUAGAAUCGGGCCCUUGAACACCGUGUUUUUGUCCCUGCUACUGAGUGCCCUCAGUGCGUUGGCGCUGUGGCCGGUCUCUAAUUCCCUAGGGCCGCUCAUCGCUUUUGUGAUUAUCAACGGCAUGGCCAAUGGCGGUUUCUUCGCUACCAUGCCGACGGUCGUGGGUAAUGUGUUUGGCUCUGCCCGAGUGUCUGUGGCCAUGGGCAUGGUGGUAACGGGCUGGGGUGGCGGUUACCUUCUGGGCGCGCCUAUUGCCGGCUACCUGCUGAAUGCCAGCGGAGGCGAAAAGGCAGGGAUCGACGCGUUCCACCCUGCGAUAUACUACGCGGGGUCAAUGGCACUGGGGUCAGCGAGCUUCAUGCUGUUAGCGCGCCUAGGGAUCGACCGACGAGUCAUGCGAAAGAUCUGAUUCUAUCAAUUUCUCCCCAUUAGGCAAGCAUCGCCAGCACAUACAUAGAACAUACAGAAUAUAGGGGCCAGACAGUAUUCACCAUCACCACCAAUACGAUUCGCGAUGAACUGUAAGUAUAUACUCAUACUAUGUAUACUAUAUAUUCAAUUAGAUUUGGGAUACAAGCCUGAGUUGCAAAGAACUCAUCUACCUAGACCUAUUUAUAUGUGAAUUUACAUUAUUAUUU